UUGGCCCGAAGUACAAGCUUCAAUAAAACAAAUGUCAGGAACUUUUUCAAGAAUCUAGAAGAUGUUAUGAAGAGAUAUGAAUUCACUCCAGACAGAAUAUAUAAUUGUGAUGAAACAGGUUUCACUACUGUUCACAAACCCCCAAAUGUCAUUUCUAGAAAAGGGGAAAAGCAAGUAGCCCAAGUGACUUCUGGUGAAAGGGGGCAGUUAGUUACUGUUCUUUGUUUCAUAAAUGCGAUGGGAAAUGCAUUGCCCCCUGCAUUUGUAUUCCCAAGAGUUAAUUUCAAGGAUUUUAUGCUGGCAGGAGCGCCUGCUCAAAGUCUUGGACUAGCCCAUCAGAGUGGCUGGAUGACAGCUGAAAAUUUUUUAAAGUGUUUGCAACAUUUCUCAAACUUUGCUGGGACAUCUACAAGCAAUAGCCAUACAGUACUCCUAAUUUUGGACAAUCAUGACAGCCACAUUUUUAUUGAAUCAAUAAAAUUCGCCAAAGAAAACGGAAUAGUGCUGCUAACUGUACCUCCACACACCAGCCAGCGACUGCAGCCACUGGAUGUUGCCGUCUAUGGACCAUUGAAAAGCAGACACAAUGUUGCUGCAAACAACUGGAUGAUCAAUCAUCCCGGCAAACCUAUGACGAUUUAUGAUGUCCCUGCUCUUGUUAGCGAGACAUUUGAUGCAUCUCUUACACGAAAAAACAAUUUAUCAGGUUUUGCAAAGACUGGAAUAUACCUGUUCAAUAGUGUAGUUUUCACAGAUGACGACUUCCUGCAAGCUGAAGUUACUAAUUGCCCUGAUCCAGAAAAUCCACCCACAGCCGUAACACCAAUGGCAUCCGCUUCCACUUCUGAUGUGCCUACUACAUCUUCUAUGCCCAAGACACUUCCUGUUUGUCCUCAAGCGUCUACAAGUGGAACAAGCGUUCUUUCACCUCAGCUUGUCAAACCGUUCCCAAAAGCUUCUGCACGGAAAACAGCGAAAUCUAACAAAAGAGACUCAACAAGGAUUCUUACUGAUACUCCUGAAAAAGAUAAAAUCCAGCAAGCAUUCCAGGAAAAAGAGGCGAAGAAGCGAAAGAACGAGUCCAAAGAAAGGAGGACAAAAUCUAAAAAGCAGCUGUUGCAACAUAUUCCAGAAGAAACUGAAAGUGAAGAUGAAGGAUCUCAAAGCAGCUCUUCCUCAAAGUCUGAUGCAACAUCGAGUGAGGGAUCUGAUAUUGAAAACAGUGUCAAACAUAUUCAGCCCAAUGAUUUCAUUUUAGUCAGAUUUGCAAAAAAAACUUCUGUUGUUUACUUCGUGGGAAAAGUUUUAAAGAAACUGAGUGAUGAAGACUUGAAAGUCAAGUUUAUGAAAAAAAUAUUAGGAUGUUACAAGUUCAUAUUUCCUGAAGAGGAUGAUAUCAGUGAUGUCACCAUGGAAGAUAUAGUUUUAAAGCUACCCCAUCCAUCCCAAGCAGGAGGAACAGCAAGAGCAAGCAAACAGUUUAUAUUUUCCAUUGAUUUCACCUCAUAUCGGCUGGGAUAGAUUGCGAAAAACAUUCUAUUGACCAAAGAAAGACAGUUUAAUUAUGUGAGAGCCUACUAAUUGUGAUAUUCUUUAGUUAUUGUUCUUUGUUUGAAAAUAUUUGAUAUUCUUUAAUUGUUUUAAAAAUAUUGAUAAUCUUUAAUUGUUUUAAAAGUAUUGGUAAUCUUUAACUGUUUAAAAUAAAUGUGAUGUCACAUAAUUCAUAUUAUUAAAAGUGUAAUUUUUAAAAAUUUUAGUCUCUAGCUUAUCACUUAUCAGUUACAACAAAAUUUGAAAACAUUGAGAUAACUAAUUCCAAGUU